GCCCUAUUAGUAUUCCCGUCCUUUGGGUGCGCAGUGUUUCCAGCCACAGAGCCACGUCAGGCCUGUAGCAACCGCUCGUUUUCUACUGCCUCUCCAAGGUUAGACAUAGGCCCGCCCGACUGGCAGGAAACGCUGGGAGACGCGCGCGCCGGGAGCCCGACGGCGACGACGGAGCGAGGAAUCAAGUUCCUUUUUGUUUUAUUGGACGCCCGGGGGCAUAGAGUGUCGGCUGUGAACCGCUACGCUUCAUCCACGCGGAGGCUGUGCGGCCGAGGAGGAGAUCGUUAUCGCCCGCGCUCGUCGGUGCUUCAUGGAAACGCGCAACUACAAGAAAUGGUUGCAUUUGCAGGAUACCCGUGAGCGCGAGCGUUCCCACCCGACACCGCUGCGUCAGAGGCGACAUCUCCGCUAGCCGCGCGCCGCGUUGGGCGUGAAGUCUCCGCCGCGCGCCGCUGGAGUGAAGGUGACUCGCGGUCCCGUCGCAGUCGAGGCAAUGCGGAGAGGAGUCGCGGGCGCUCAUCCGGCACUUUCCCUGCGCCUCGAGGCUCGUCUGGGAAAUCGCUCGCUGCCUCUGCCGCGUUAGGGACGCGAGGUGAACGGGAAACACGUCGAGCGGAAGGAGGUGCGUUGAGCGUGAACGGAGGGAACAGUUGUAGGGCGGUGAGACGGGAGGAGAAAGUGGCGGAGUUUGGGAGGUGGACGUAGGAUAAACCUCUUCUGUCCUCGGGCUGUUUUAUUAGUGGGUGUGUAUGCAUGAGUUCUGCAUCGAACGGGCGCAAAAACCGCCCCAGAUCCACCGGGAACAUCUUCCAAAUCGGCAAGCCUCCCCUCCGAGACCCCGAGAGGAGGGAGAGCACCGAAAGUGCCCGCAAAGCCCAGCGCGCCGUGGCCGACUGCAGAAUGAUCGUCCAGGAAUUCAAUACACUUGUGGCUCUGUACCGGGAACUUGUCAUCUCCAUCGGCGAAAUCACUGUCGACUGUCCCUCCUUACGGGCGGAAAUGCUGAAAACGCGAACCAAAGGCUGUGAAAUGGCGCGAGCGGCACAUCACAGCCUCUCCUUGAUAUCGGGGCCGGAGGACGGCGAGAUCCAGCCCGAGAUCUGUCGGCUCUUCAUUCAGCUGCAGUGCUGCCUGGAGAUGUACAUCACAGAGAUGCUGAAGUCGGUGUGUCUGCUGGGCUCCCUGCAGCUCCACAGGAAAGGUAAGGAUUCCUGCUGCCCCCCCGCAGUCGACAGUAAGACGGAGGACAGCUCAGACAUCCCCAUCCUGGAGGACACCUCGUCCUCCCCCACCGACUGCCCUCAGCUCUGCUGGCUCGUGGCUGCUGACAUAGAGAACAUAGAAAAGGACAUGAGAGAGAUGAAGAACCUUCUCAGUAAACUCAGGGAGACAAUGCCAUUACCACUGAAGAACCAAGAUGACAGCAGUUUGCUGAACCUCACUCCUUACCCACUGGUCCGGCAGAGGAAGAGGAGGUUCUUUGGACUCUGUUGCCUGGUAACCAGCUAAAGGCCCCACCUUUGUGGGUAGGAGGCAGCAACAAAGACACCAUUACCCACUGUCCCUCGCCACUUGUGUCUCCCGCCAACCUAUUACUGCCAUUUCCAGACGAAUCGUCCUUUUUUUUAAUCUGCCCAUUUUAUAAUUUUAUUUUGUGAUACAAAGAAUUGUAACUGCAAUGUGAUGAAAACAAAAGUCAUGAACGUAUAUUUUAAGAUAUUUUCCAAAAGAUUUUCCCUUUUUUGGUAAACAAAGUCAGAUAUCUGCUCGCCUGGUGUAAACGGGGAUGUGAGGUCACGCUCAACCACCUCCACCAACCUGAGUGAAUGAAACCAGGAUUUACACCCAAAAGGGGAACAGAGUCACGUCUUUGUCGGAACCAUGAACAUGUGAUCUGAAUGUGUGAAGGCGGCGCCUGCAAGGACAAAGUUUUACCCUCGUGUGGUUUAAGUAAGUUCGCUGUGUUUCGCUGUCUCGACUCCGUUUCCGUUCACCGUUCUCCCCUGUCGAUGUACUUAAUUUAGUCUUCCAUAAACCAAGAACCUGUACCCGACUUAAACCUUUCAGCUUCAAAACGGAAUAUACGACACAGUACUCGAAACAUCACUUAUUUGCACACAGUAUGUAACGACAAGCCGAGACAUUAGACAUGUAUAUACACAUACUCAACGCAACGCUCUCUGAAUUAUGUUUUAAGUUGGUCGGCACAGGAUCUUGUGGGUUGGUCCAGGAAGCGAACGCCUCCCCUCUGUCUGAAGCAAUCAGUGCAGGCAGAGGACAGGCAGCACGGGUGUCGCUCAGUAACAGUGCUAAUGAAUGUUUAGGCCACAGUCAAGGUACAGUAGUUAAAGCUGAUAUAGGUCAUUUUACAUUGUUAAUAAACUUUUGUUAUUGAAACUAA